AUGUCUUCUUCACCCUGCCACGCAGUACUCAACAUUAUUGCGAAAGAGCACAAUCAUAAUUCCGCUGCCAAAAAGAAGCUUGAUUUCGACGCUUUAUAUGCCUUGGACGAUGAAAGCGACGAGGUGAAAGACGAGGGUCUGCUGGCUUCGUUUCAAAAGGUCAAAGGCAGGACUCUUGGUGAUCCAACCACUUCCCUCUCGCGUUCGCGCCACACACCACGCAGACCUCCAGGCAGCCUCCUACGCUCUUUUUUGAACAUGAACCCUUCACUGCCUUCGUCGUCUCAGCAACGGUCUGACCCGAGGAGAGCUAAGAAUCCUCUUCUGCUUUUAGAAGAGCUCAGUGCUUCGAAUUCAAUAGUCAGAGACACCCCUCCUCUCCACCAUCAUUACACAGUCAUUGGUCUACCUUCCCUCAACAAACCCGUCGAUGAAGCGAACAUGCCUUCCUCCUCUGACCCACCUGCUUCAUCGGCAAUCCCCAUGGUGAAGAGCAAAAAAGGCCCUGGCAAACAAGUCGCCGAUAUCAAACUCGUCCCUGAAAAUCAACGCAUCUUUCAAAAUCUUCAUUUCUACUUCUUCCCGAACAGUGACACCCACCCUGGUCGCAGACAGAGGAUCAUCAGAGCCAUUGAGUAUGGCGCGUCAUGGCAGAAUGACUUCAACGACUCUGUCACUCACAUAAUUACCGACCACGGGUACAACUUUGAACAACUACUGAAAUAUCUCAAAAUGAACGAGCUGCCGGCUGGCAUUGUGUUGGUCAAAGAGAACUACCCAUCAUCCUGUAUGGAAUUUCUGAAGCUCGUAGAUCCAGCGGGUGUUCAGUUUGUAGUUAAGGGCUACAAACCACCUGCUUCAGUUGCAUCCGCCCAGGCUCAAGCAAUUCCAUCACAGGCAUCAGAAGUGUCACUGAAGCUCAAGCCCGUAAAGAGGAAAGCCGCCGUACUCUCUUCGCAAGCGACCUCUCAGUCCGACGCAAGUCCGGACCUGGCGUUGUCUGCUGCAUUACCAGCAGGUUCUAUCGCACCUGGCAUUGGCGACAAACAAGAAGUCGGAGACAAGGACGAGGAUGAACUCGAUAUGGCCAUUAGGGAGGCCAAAGAUUCACACCCCCUUGCUUCAGAUGACGAGGAAGAAGACGGUGAGAGUCAUAAGAGACACAACCCAAACAACUGGCAAGAAAAGUUCCAAUGUAUGCACAAGCACACGGGUGGUAGUGGUAACGGAGGACCCAACGCCCAGACACUGUCCGUCUUGCAAGAGUUGGCCGACUACUACGACCAAACUCGCGACCAGUGGCGCUCCAAGUCAUACCGUCAAGCUAUCUCUGCGCUCAGAAAACACACAAGCAAAAUCAAUACCAAGGAAGAAGCUAUGCGUGUCUAUGGCAUUGGCAGCUCGAUCGCGGAGAAGAUAGAAGAAAUUGUUCGGACCAACCACCUUCGCAAACUCGACUCUACCAAAUUGGACGAGCGCCAGCAAACUCUCAACAAGUUCAUGAAGAUCUACGGAGUAGGACUACAUGCAGCAGAGCGAUGGGCAAGUGCGGGACACAAGACUUUGGACGACCUGCUCCAAAAAGCCGAAUUGUCAGACAAUCAAAAGAUUGGCAUUGCACACUAUGACGACUUCAACAGCCGUGUCCCUCGAUCUGAAGUCGAGAAACACGCCGCCAUCAUCGAAAAGGUGCUCAAGAGCUUGGAUCCAAAAUACCAGAUCCACACGAUGGGCUCCUAUCGCCGCGGCGCACAGGACUCUGGUGACAUCGAUCUUCUCAUCACCAAACCAGGAGUGCCGAUUGAAAACAUCCGCACGACGAUUAUGGACCGUCUUGUGCCGUUGCUCACAAAACACAAGUUCCUCGUUGCAGCACUAGCACAGACGUCCCAUGCCGAUAGCACAAAAUGGCACGGCGCCUCUUGCCUCCCUGGCAGCAAUACCUGGCGUCGCAUAGACCUCUUGCUUGUACCUGAAGAGGAAUUAGGCGCCGCAUUACUCUACUUUACUGGCAACGAUAUCUUCAAUCGCAGCAUGCGACUGUUGGCUAGCAAGAAAGGUAUGAGGUUGAAUCAGCGUGGUCUGUACAAGGACGUGCUGAGGGACCGUGGCCGUGAGAAGCUGAGCCAGGGUACACUGGUUGAAGGCAAAGAUGAGAAGAAGAUCUUUGAGGCACUGGGUGUGCCGUGGAGGCCACCGGAGCAUAGAAUAUGCUAG